GGAGUGAGGGAGAGUGACAGAGAGGUAUUGAGGGAGAGUGACAGAGAGGGAGUGAGGGAGAGUGACAGAGAACGAGUGAGGGACAGGGACAGAGAGAGAGUGAGGGACAGUGACAGAGAGGGAAUGAGGGACAGUGACAGAGAGGGUGUGAGGAACAGUGACAGAGAGAGAGUGAGGGACAGUGACAGAGAUGGAGUGAGGGAGAGUGACAGGGAGUGAGGGAGAGUGACAGAGAGCAAGUGAGGGAGAGUGACAGAGAUGGAGUAAGGGAGAGUGACAGGGAGGAUGUGAGGGAGAGUGACAGAGAGAGAGUGAGGGACAGUGACAGAGAGAGAGUGAGGGAGAGUGACAGAGAUGGAGUGAGGGACAGUGACAGAGAGGGAGUGAGGAACAGUGACAGAGAGAGAGUGAGGGACAGUGAGGGAGGGAGUGAGGGACAGUGACAGAGAGGGAGUGAGUGAGAGUGAUGGAGAUGGAGUGAGGGAGAGUGACAGAGAGGGAGUGAGGGAGAGUGACAGAGAGGUAUUGAGGGAGAGUGACAGAGAGGGAGUGAGGGAGAGUGACAGAGAACGAGUGAGGGACAGUGACAGAGAGAGAGUGAGGGACAGUGACAGAGAGGGAAUGAGGGACAGUGACAGAGAGGGUGUGAGGAACAGUGACAGAGAGAGAGUGAGGGACAGUGACAGAGAUGGAGUGAGGGAGAGUGACAGGGAGUGAGGGAGAGUGACAGAGAGCAAGUGAGGGAGAGUGACAGAGAUGGAGUAAGGGAGAGUGACAGGGAGGGUGUGAGGGAGAGUGACAGAGAGAGAGUGAGGGACAGUGACAGAGAGAGAGUGAGGGAGAGUGACAGAGAUGGAGUGAGGGACAGUGACAGAGAGGGAGUGAGGAACAGUGACAGAGAGAGAGUGAGGGACAGUGAGGGAGGGAGUGAGGGACAGUGACAGAGAGGGAGUGAGUGAGAGUGAUGGAGAUGGACUGAGGGAGAGUGACAGAGAGGGAGUGAGGGAGAGUGACAGAGAUGGAGUGAGGGAGAGUUUCAGAGAGGGAGUCAAUCUCGAAGAGCCAGCGACACGGCGAGAGAGAGAGAGAUUGAGUCAUAAAUAUAGAGAGGGAGAGAGAGGAUGGAACACUGAGGAAAAGAGAGCUAGGAGGUGCCUGAGAGUGACAAGUACAAACAGAGAGAGAGAGAUGGGCAGAGGAAUCUGUAAACUUCAAAUAACGUUUUACACAAAGUGGUAACUGACAGAAGUCCGUUCCCAGGAUCAGCAGCAUUCACAUAGAUCUGCAACAAAAGCAGGAAGUUGCUGGAAAAGCUCAGCAGGUCCUGGUAGCAUCGGUGAAGAGAAAAACAGAGUUAACGUUUCAGGACCGGUGACCUUUCUCAGAACCAGCUCAGUCCCCAGAUCAGCUCGGAGUUGGCUGUAAACAGGGUAACCAGAGCUGGACCCCGUGCUCCAGAAGAGGCCUCACCCACGUCCUGUACAACCUCAACAUGACGUCCCCAACUGACACCCAAACGCACGACACAACAGAGAGGCCCUGGCUGCAGUCUGAGAAUAAGGGGGAGGCCAUUCAGGACGGAGAUGGGGAAGAAUUUCUUCACUCAGAGAGUCGUGAGCCUCUGGGAUUCUCUCCCACUGUCAGGGUCAGUUCAUUAGGAAUGUGUGAAUCAUGUGGUUUCGGGUUGGUUGGGCUCUCCCCCAUUGUUAUCAUCUUACAGCUACUUGCUCUGAACAGAUUGGCGAUGGGGUCAGUGCCUGUGAUAAUUGCUGAGUUUGGAGACGACGUGACCAUCCCGUGCACAUUCAGCCUGGAGCAUAACUCCUCUCGGUCCUUUCUGGUGGUUACCUGGCAACUCGCCAAUACUGCCCAGGUGGUUCACAGCUACUAUUACCAGGAGGAGCAGCUCGCACAGCAGGAUCCCGCGUACCGCAAUCGGACCAGCCUGUUUGUGGAGGAGCUGAUGCUGGGGAAUGCCUCGCUGAGGCUGAGGGCUGUACGCCUGGAGGAUGAGGCUCAAUACCUGUGUUCCAUCAGCAGCAUGCUCUAUCGCAGCUCACACACUGUCAGCCUGCGUAUUGCAGCUCCAUACAGCGAACCAAAGCUGACCCUUGAUUUGGGCAACUGCCCAGACCAUGGGCUGGUCCACAUGGCCAGCUCAGGGGGGUAUCCAAGACCAGCAGUGGAGUGGUUUGCUGCGGAAGGGAGUAAUGUGACUGAGGAAAGCCAGACGAUGUUGGGGACAGGCCCGAGAGGACUCUAUUCCAUCAACAGCAGCAUUCCGAUCCACCUGGGCUCCGGAAACAAUUACACCUUCGUCCUCAAGAACCCACUGCUGGGGCAGCAGGUGGUCAGAUUCCUGGCCAUUGUGGGCUCCUGCCAUGGGGAGGCGAUCUCGUCUGAACACAGACUGUACCCUUGUUACAGCCUCACUGUCCUUGUCCUGCUGGCCAUCUCCUUCUGGUUGUUUUACUUGUUAAUUCGGAGCCGGUGUGCGACUCGGAGGAACCGAACCCCCUGAAGGAGCCCAGCGUUUCGUUACCCACAGUAGGCGAGGGAACUCACUCUGCAGCCCAUGGCCCCCUCCCCCCUACUCCUUCUUCCUCCAAACCCCUCCCUCCCCCUUCCUUCUCCA